AUGUUGCAGGUAGCGACACGACCUUGGAGUCCAGACCAGGGAAAGACUCGGGAGAUGACAAAGUUGUGUAACCAUAAGAGGAAACUUUUGUUACCCGUUGCCGCGGCUAGUCCAGUUGCCUCUUGUACACCAGUUGUUUCGUCCUCAACGUUACCUGUGCCCGGAGCGACCGCAAUUAAUGCGCGAGCAGACUCGCCAACUUCAUCCGACAAGUCGAAAAAAGUGUCACAAUUAAUUGCACAACGCGAGCGUGCUAUUGCAGUAGCCAGCGCUACUGGAAUCCAGAGUUUACCGUCUUCUAACGGAUCUCAGCCUGGACAUCACUUUAACCAAAGGAACCAGAUGUGGGGCCAACAAACCCGUACUAAUGUGCCCUCCCAUCAGUCACCACCCGCAGCGAGCAUUCAAAACAUAACGUGCAACAGCUUGGACCGCGUUCCGCCGCUCCAUCAUCACAUUCCUCCCACGGCCGCCUGGACCGACGAAGUCGCUCGGAAAAAGGCCAAGACUAGUAAGAGUCUUGUUAAAAAGCAACGUCAUCACAUGGCCGAGAUCAGGAGCAUUGAGCAGGCCAGUCCCGGGCCAGAAGAUGAGUUUAAUGAUAAUAAACCACAGCCUAAUCAAAUUGGGUCUACUAUUAAUAGUAGCAAUACUAAUAAUAAUACUGCUACUAAUAAUAAUAAUAAUAAUAAUAAUAAUAAUAAUAAUAAUAAUAAUAGUAAUAAUAGCAGUCCUAGUUUUCUUGAUGAUCCUAGUGGAUAUCUGGCCCAGCAAACGGCUUUACUAAAUAGUACAAUAUCAAGACAAACUGGUGUUAGCAGUAGUCAAAUGAUGAUCAAUAAUAAAAUGCCAUCUCAAGUCCAUGGAAAUAAUAAUAGUAAUAGUAAUAAUAAUACUAUUAAUAAUAAUAGUAAUAACAAUUACAUACUGCAUCAAAAGCCCUCGUCAGCGACAAGUCCAACAAGCACGUCGAUUUGCAAUUCCGGGAAAAAUCACGCAACCUCGCCGAUUGUCGUACACAGUAGCAUGACACCCACGACUAUGGCCAAUGAUUCAGACACUGGUUCAUGUCACGGGUGCGUGACAAGCGCUGACACCCAGUCUUUCAUCACGGAUCAGUACAAACAGCAGCAGAUUCACCGGCAGUAUGCAUCGGUGAUGCAUACGGACCAGCGUGACGACCCAGUGACGUCCUCUACUUACGGAGACAGAUUCGCGUCGACGAACCAGCAGAUGGACUCGUGGCCCAUUCAAGGCGGGACUAUCAGCACCAGCCACGGCUCACCAGUCAGCACCAACAGUCCAGCGAACUCUGAGACUCCUGUGUCGUCGCUUUCUCAACCAGCAACCCCACAGAGUCUCAUUUCCUCCCAGCCGUCGACUCCUCACAGCUACUCUCAGCCUCCUACGCCUCACUCACACUCUCAGGCGCCGCCUCAGUCACUCACACCUGGUCAGCAGCCCUCGCAAUCCUCUGUUAUUAUAAACAUCAACACCACCAAUACUAAUCCCAAUAAUAAUAACAGCAGUAACAAUAACAGCAUAAAUCAAGAUCAAAGUCAAGCAAGUCUGUCAAUGACAUCAGCCUCGAGCACAAUAUCACCGAGUUCAUCGCCUCCCCAGGCUAUUAUUACCGGCAGCUCCUCUGCUGAGAGAGAGCUGACUACGUCACAUUCAAUCAGUCACAAGUCAAGUCAUCAGUCGCAAACCAGACAAUCGACGACACCAGAAGGGUACGCGCCCCAUCCUCAUACUAUCAAUCCAAUCCAGCGGAUUUCAAUGAUUCCCUACAGCGGAAACGCGACUGUCAUCACAACCAUGGCAAGUGGGCACACCUUCAGCUCCAACACAAUAACUUCCGUGCUGGCGGGUCGAGCCAACACCGCAACAGUCUCCAUUAACACGCCUUCCGGGAUUUCCAACAUUUUGUCCAGCAAAUCCCACAGCAGCUCGCUGUCGACUCCAACAGCAAGUAUCGUAGUUUCUUCGCACCACUCAAACUCGACGCCGAUUAUCCACAGUCAGUCUCAGACCAUGGUGUCCAAGUCACCGUUGGAGAUGGUGCAGAGUGUUGUAAGCAGCAUCCAGGUGCCUCAGCCGGUCAGCUCUUGCUCAUCAUUGCCACAUCAUCAGGAGCAGUCCAACGUCCAGGUCCACAACGUUAUCGCCUCUGGUGGAGUAUUGAAGCACUCUACAGGCUCGACGCUGCCUCCGGGGCACAUUUUCGUGUCCAGCGGCGGGCAGCUGAUCAUGGCCAGCACGGGAUCGGGGAUCAGCGGCGUGAUGGCUCCGCCUCCGCCGAAGAUAAUUUCAAACGCCAGUUCGAUGCCACCGUUGUCGGUGUCUCCGAUGGUGACUAGCGUCACCGGAGCAGUCAGCCAAGUGAUUCCCGCGGUCGGGGUCGCGCAGCAAGUCAUUGGGCAGCCAACCGUACUGGUCAACACCAUUCAGACCCCCGUACUGAUCCAACCCAGUGUGAUGACCAUGGACAGCCUCCAUGGGCAGAACGUUCAGAUUCCCCACCUGACCGUGGCGACUGGGAACGUUCUCCAGAAUGCUCAGUCGAUACUGGAAGCUAACCAAGACGUCACCCGUGCUGUUACCACCAAUCAAAACAUCGUCAACCGGCAGCCGAACCUCCUCAGCCCCGAAUCAACUGUCACCAAGAAGAAAGUGUACAAAAAGCGGAAGAAUAACUCGCAGACUGUCGCAUCUAUGCUUCAUAUUGCUUCCUCGCAGCAGAAUACUGGGAUGCUAAUGCAGAGCCAGUCGAACUUCGCUCAGCAGAACUUCCAGCAGAGUAUUGGAGGCCCGAUGCUUCAAGCGCUGACCAUUGUACCUGGCAAAGGCGGCGCUCCCGCUCAGUUGGUUAUGAAUGGUCAAACAGGUGCGACUUCCGCGCAAUUUAACACUCAACAAAUUAUAACGAACCCCCAGCCGACGCAGCAGAUCAAUCUACUGCAGCCGGUUAAUUUAUUGAACGGCGCUACGGGUAUGGUGCAAAAUUUCCCGACCAUUCAGCAAUUCAUUGUACCUGGUUUGGGCAGCAUGGUGAUGUCCGCUGACGGUACUGCUACUCUUCUGCAAGAUACCGGGAAUUUAGGCAUGCAGUUGCAGAUUCAGAAUGUCAAUGGGCAGAAUGUAUUGACGCCGAUUCAGAGUCACAGCGGAAUUUUCAGCCCAAGUCAGAGUAUUCUUGCUGCAGGACCCGCGGGGAUGGUAAUUCGCGCGCCUCAAGCUGCUGGAGGUAAACUUAUUCAGCAACACAGUCCCGGGACACAGUUUUUAUCCUCCAAUAGUGGGCAGUUUCUGGUGAAUGGCACGACGUCUUUCAGCAACCAACUGAGUCCAAUUGUCGCGAACGUGAGUCCGAAUCAGCAGAUGACUUUUAAUACCUCGCAAGUUAGGCCGUCGAAUAUUCAAGGCCAGCAGGAGUUCAUCCAGAUGAAUGGGCAGACGCUGAUGGUACCUUGUGGUACUGCCCAGAACAUCGCGGUGUCCUCGGCUUCUAAUCAGCAGAACACCACCUUCGUUCAGCAGAACACGACGAUUGUCCAGCAGCAGACGACCAUGGUCUCGAACAACCAGAUCCCGGACUUUCAGUCGGUCGCGACGAGUAAUGGCAACGUUGAGCAGUCGCUGAAUCUUGAUCAUAAUCAGUACAUUCUCAGCGCGGGAAUGAUCCAAGGAAAGUCACCGUCCUCGCCGAAGAGCACCAUCAGCUCGCCGUCCUCAGAGCAGGGUGUCGAGCAAAUUCACCAGCAGCAAUUCAGUUUGACUAGUACAAGUGGUAAUAAAAAUCACAACAAUAAUAAUCACAGCAGUGGGAGUGGUAGUGGUAGUGUUGGUAUUAUUAUUGAUCAGAAUGGCCAGCAAGGUGAUCAGCUGAGUCCCUCGAUGGUCAGGCAUUCAGUCUCCACUCAGACCGCCGGCAAUCAGGCUAACAAUGCUCAGUCGGCUAUCAUGAGACAGGGCUCUCCUCCUGAUACUACAACACACAGUCCAGGUAAUAGUCAAAGGUCCAAUAGUCCAGCUGUUGACACCACUUCCCAUGGAGCGGCUUCUCCUGCGCCCCCUAUUUCCGCGCGACAUCACUCCUCGUCGACGCCAAUGGUUCAUUGCAUCUCCAGCAGCGAGCCGGACUCGGGCGACCUCCAGAACCCGGGUGACGACUGGCGGAUCCAAGGAAUAACCACUAAAGAGCUGACGCUCAGCCAGGUCGGCCUCCAACAUGGAAAGACCUACGUCGAGUCGACAGUCACGACAGGGAUCCAGGUUGGUAAUCACCGCGUAUCACCAGUCACUCGGGGUUUUACUGUAGACUUGCACCAGCCAGCAGAUACGACACACCCCGAAAACACUUACGUUGACUCACAGGAGAACAUGGACACCUCAUCACCAAACCACUCCAAUACCACCGAUACCACAAAUAUUAAAACAACAACAACAACAACAACAACAACAACAAUAAUCACUCCCUCGGAUAGCAAUAAUAGUAAUUCGCUUUCUAACAAUCCCCAGCAUUAUCAAUCCGUUGUUCAUCCUCCGUACAAUUGUAUCGCUCCCCCCGAUAAUGAUAAUGGUAUUGUAUACUGUCAACAACAGCAACAACAUCAGAAUGAAAUUCCGCCGCUAGACCACGCUGACUACACGCAUUUGCCGGGAAAUAAAUUAACAAGAGGAAAUCAGGAAAGUUUGACUCCUCAUUCGUUAGACUCAUUUGUCGAGGGUGAAACUACUGUUAUGGAAGUUCAAGACGGGCAUGAACUUAAUCCAACUCUUGAGCUUAAUCCACAAUCUUACAAAUAUAGAAAUGAUAGCAGACAGCAGGAGUUUCACCGCUACCAUCACAAUCACAAUCACAAUCAUAAUCACAAUCAUAAUCCCCAGUUUCAGCAGCUACAGUUCCUUCACCACCAUCAACACCGCCAGCAUCUAGAGCACCAAAACUUGCUGGAGCAAAGACAGUUGGGGAGCAUGAGCCGUAAUGCAGUAGUUAGCAGUAAUAGUAAUGGGGAAACAUAUUUAUUACCGGCAACUGUUACCAGUCAGAAAGUUAUAAACUUUAACAAUGUCGGGGAAGUUGGGGCAACUCCGACACCCCCGGCUCUUUAUCGUCACUUGUACGAUUUAAAUUGCCGCUCGGAUCCCAAUGGAUCCAAUGGAUCCAAUGGUAUUGCUGUUGUUGACUAUCAUCAUCAUUAUCACCACCACAAUCCUAAUUCCGCUAAUAAAACGUUGUUUGUUGUUGGUAAUAGCAAUAAUCAGUUCGGUUGUGACGAUCAGUCUGAGGACGAUAGCGAUGACUCGUCUGACGACGAUUGUAUUUGGCAGAUCUAUACGCCAGAGACGUUGAAGCAAACCGAGGGUGUGGUGAGCACAGUGAGGUGUGAGGGCAGAGAGCAUACCCUCGGUCAGGGAAUCAAACGAAAGCUGGACUCCAUCCAUUCUAUGCACUCGACUCUGCAUGAAGACCAGGAUGUAUCGGAGUCUGAGGGAGAUAAAGGAAACUGGGAAGUGAAAGUCGGCGAACUUGUGUGGGGUGCGGCGCUGGGGAGUCCGGCGUGGCCGGGUAAAGUCGAGUCUUUUGGACCACCAGGAAGUUUUACCGUGAGUGUGAGGUGGUACGGGGCCGGUGAGACCUUAACCCAGGUCGAAAUCAAGAACCUCAAAUCCCUAUCUGACGGCCUAGAAGCACAUCACCGAGCACGAAAACGUUUUAGAAAAAGUCGUAAAUUGAAUAUGCAGCUGGAGAACGCCAUUCAAGAGGCCAUGGCCGAGCUGGACAAUUUGAGCGACCCGGACACUCCAAAUAAAAUCCGGAAACAAUUUGUACAGAGCACGCGAUCAUCAAAGACUUCACUUUCAAGCACGAGCCACGGGAAGAACCGAAACUCGGAUAGUAAAAAAAGUAAAAAACUGUCUAGUUCCCAACAGAAAAUAGUGCCGAAGUGUCGAUGA